AUGUCAAAACCGGGACGCCCAAACUUGUUUCUUGCCGGUAAACGAGAGGCACCAGUCCAGCAGAAACAAACCCGUGGAGGAGCAUCUAAUCGAGGAGCUGGAAGAGGUCGUGGUGGUAGAGGAGGCAGAGGUGGUGCUGGAGGUCGCCCAAGACAAGAGAUCAUUCAAACUGGUGGAGUAUUUUCUCAUGGGUUAGGAGGCGAAUUUCCAACCAAAAAGAGGGACAAAGAUUAUGAUGCAUCUCAGUUUGCUUAUAAACGAGACAGAGAAAGUGGGGAUCCAUCGACAUCGGACGAAAAAAAGGAAGAAAUCAAAGUAGAAGGGAAGGCUUCAUUUGAAGGAUAUGAUGCCUUGUGGCGUAGUGACGAUGAAGGAGAUGAGGCUGAACUGAGAGCACUGCAUCCUAAAGGACAAUUCGUCAGUGAUUUGAGAAGAGGCCACGUGAUGCCUGUUGUGCUUCCAGUAGACGAUCAGUCACAAUUUCUCAAUAUUAUCAACAAAAGCGCUCGUCUUUCCUUAGAAGAAGAUAACGAAAUCAUUGAAGAGGAAAAGAAACCUUCACAAAAUACUGUUGACAAUACGGCUCAGAAACGAACAGCUCAACAAUUGAUUACUAUGCUGGAAAGUUCUACAACUGAUUUGCUUCAUCUUCAACUUCCAUCAGUGGUGGGAGCAAUUUGUAAUAAUAUUGAAUCUAACGUAGAAAUUCCAAUGGAGAUUGACGAUCCGGAUAGUGAGAUUCCUCCUGGCAUUCCGAAAGCUCCAGCUCCACCGUCAGGUCUUCCCCAACGUCAGAGGAUCGGAAAAUUACAAGUUACUAAAAAAGGCCGAUUGAUUUUGCAAAUCGGAGGGCAUUCUAUCGAUAUUACGACUAAACCGAUUUCUGAAAAACAACAAGGGACUGUUCUCCUCGAAGCCGAUCCAGCCGCCGAUCAAGUCCAAGCGCCAUCUCCAUUUGCUCAGCCAUCUACCAUCGAAAACUCACUCUACCAUUUAGGAAAUGUGAAACACAAUUUGGUUGGAUCAAUGGCAUGGGGAGGAUUGAGUGAAAAAAUGGAAGAGGAAGAAGAGGAAAGGAAGAAGUUGAAGAAAACUACAAUUGAAGAUGGCGAUGUUACAAUCACCGAUGGAGAUCGGGAGAAAAUUGAAUCAUUGGAAAGAGAGCAAGCGAAAUGGGCAGUGAUGGCUGCAAAAUGGGCCUCUGGACUGUCAACCUCCUGA